AUGCCUCCGAAGUCGUCGAAAAAGGCGGAUCCGAAGGGAGGUAAGGCUCCCCCAGCAAAGAAGAAGGAGGGAUCUGGAGGAAAAGCCAAGAAGAAGAAGUGGUCGAAGGGAAAAGUUAGGGAUAAGCUCAACAACAUGGUUCUGUUCGACCAGGCCACUUACGACAAGCUCUACAAAGAGGUCAUCACCUACAAGCUUAUUACACCGUCCGUGGUGUCUGAGCGUCUGAAGGUCCGAGCAUCUCUCGCUAAGGCUGGACUCCGUGAGCUUCAAGCUAAAGGUCUAGUUAAGUGCAUCGUCCACCAUGGAGGUCAAAUCGUUUACACCCGCGCCACCAAGGAGGCUGAUAUGUUUAUGUUCCGCGUGCUAAACGCGGUACCGUAUAGCAAUGAGCGAGGUGCCCAAGACUUCAUUGCUUGUAUGCACUCCUUCGUUACCUGCAACAUUUUGGUGGGAUUAGCAGUGCUUGUAUCAUGGAAACAAUUUGGCGGGAAACCGAUUGAGUGCAUGGUACCCUCAGACUUUACAAGCGCUUGGGUACAGUAUGCGGAGAAUUUUUGCUGGUCUCAAGAUACUUAUUUUAUCCCGUUUUCUACUCCAGUCGCUAGUUCAGACAUUGGUGAACGAAGCUCCGCUCAGAUUUCGUAUUAUCAGUGGAUGCCAUUUUUUCUACUUUUUGAGGCAGCAUGUUUUCGCCUACCGUGCUUCAUUUGGAAAUAUUUCGCCGGUCAAAGCGGAAUGAAAGUGGGGGAAAUUUUGCGUCUUACCACGGAUGAACAUAAUACCGUGCCAGAGAUCAGACGCGAGAACGUACAAGCUUUAUGCGUGCACCUGCAAGGAGCACUACGGUUUCAAAAACGAUUGAAGAUGAAGAAUUUGUCACCACAUAAGAUUUUCCGCUGCUUAAACGUGAAGUACUCGACAUAUUAUGUGACACUGAUAUACUUUAUUGCAAAAUUCGCAUUUCUCAUGAACGUGGGAAUUCAAACAAAGCUGCUUAACCAAUAUCUUCUACCUCACUCUGACCAUCAACAAUUUGGCUUCGAUGUUUGGCACAAUCUUUGGAAUGGAAACGAGACGUGGAAGGAAAGCGGCCUCUUUCCUCGUGUUACUUUGUGUGAUUUCGAGGUACGAGAAAUGGGAAACAUCCAGAAGCACACUGUGCAAUGUGUGUUACUUCUCAAUGUUUUUACUGAAAAGAUCUUCAUAGUGUUGUGGGCAUGGUACAUGUUCCUUGGGACCUUGACUGCUUGUAAUCUGUUCAGCUGGAUGUUUGCUAUGUUUAGUGAAACAUCGAAGGAACACUUUAUUAUAAACCAUUUGGAAAUGUGCGAGGCACCAUUCGACAAGGAGAACGCAAGUAACCAGCAACAUGUGGAUUGUUUCAUGGAUAAGUAUUUGGGACUGGAUGGAGUCUUUCUUCUCAGAUUGAUCGCACAACACGCUGAUGUGGUUUUCAUCACUGAGCUUAUUGGAGCUUUAUGGAAAAGUCACUACGGUAUUGAAGAGCAGAGAAUCGCUUUGAAGAGAAUGAAUCGUGUCCUCCCGCUACUGCGCUCUGGAGGACCGGAAGAAGUCAGCCCGGAUGCACCUUCCUCUCAUAAGAAUUCUGUUGCAACAUCUGCUGCCACAACGAAAAAGAUGUCGCUAGCCAAUAGACGUCAGUCCAGCCUGAAAAGGCAUGCUAGCGUGGACGACAUGGAGUCUAAUAGAUCGAAACAAUUUGCUGACAGCAGUAGUGAAGAGGAGACUAAAGAAAAAGGAAGUAGCAGAACAAGUUCGGAAAAGAGGAAAAAAUCACUGAAAAAAUAUGCCGGGUCAUUUCUCGCGCUUCAUUCCUGUAUUCACCUGCUUUAA